AUGAUUGUUCAGAGGUUCCCACUAAACAGUGCUCAGACUGGAUUCAGGGAAAGUGUUGUUCCAUUACCUAAAUGGAUGCAUCAAUGUCAGCAGUAUUUUGAUGAUGUUUUCUGCUGCUUUCCUGAUCGCUUACCGAAAUCUGAGAUUCAUUGUGAUAUGCAAGAUGGUCAGGAUCCAUGGGUGGCACCGGGCAACUUUUGGCAAACACUGCAAGUCGACGGAACGAUGGUAGUGCAGCAUUUUGCGGAAUACAAUAUUCUGGAUACAAAGAAGAGACUGAUUUAUCCAGUAAAAUUCGACGAAAAGCCUCUCGAUCUGAGACCCGCUUCAUUCUUCUUCCCAAUGGAAAACAUCAUGGAUCUGACUGAAAUUGCCAUUCGAGACGAUCGUUUCUUUUUCAUUUGCGAGUAUGUGAAGUUAAACAUUCAACAAUUUCGUUUGGUUGGUGAUACCGACGAAAAAUGUCAUAAAACGAGUUUUAUAAAAAAGGAUGGAAUGCGUGGAUUACGAUUUUGUACGAAUCCUAUAUAUCAUGCGAUUAUACAAUACGAUACGCUACGCCCUCGUGAACAUCUGUAUAUGCAGUGGCAAUUACAGGUAUCUUACAGAGAAGACGACAGAAAAAUUUACAAAUAUGACGCUGUAAACAUAUCGCCGAGCGGUCAAAUCGUUAUGGAAUGUAAUAUCACAGAGAUCAACGUAUAUGUCACUGGUGAUGGAGUUCUUCUCAAAUACGUUAUCAGUUUACCCAAAUCUGACCUGAAAUCAUUAUUGGGCAACUCUUUCUAA